AUGGGCUGGAUGCUGGUGGGGGUCCUGCUAGCUUGGAUGUUAAUGGUUUUUGUGAGAGGAGCUGAGCAGUCCCAGGAGCUGUCCUCCUCUGUGGGGUUUCUGGAGUGCAAGAAGGCCCUGAAGCUCCCAAGUCUAGAAGUCCUGCCGGGGGGGGGCUGGGAUAACCUCAGGAAUUUGGAUAUGGGCAGAGUCAUCAAUCUGGGCUACUCACUGUGCAAGACUACAGAAGAUGGAUCUUAUAUCAUCCCAGAUGAGAUCUUCACUAUCCCUCGCAAGCAGAGCAACAUGGACAUCAACUCCGAGAUCAUCGAGUCCUGGAAAGAUUACCAAAGCAUCACUUCUGCCUCCAUCAACCUGGAGCUGUCUCUCUUCUCCUCCAUCAACGGCAAGUUCUCCCAUGACUUCCACCGGAUCAAGACCCACCAAGUGAAAGACCAUGCUGUCACCACUCGAGUGCAAGUCAGGAACCUGGUUUACACUGCCAAGAUCAACCCAGGGGCAGUCCUGGACAAGGGCUUCAAGAAGCAACUGCUGACCAUUGCCAGUCACCUGGAAAACAACCAGACACGGAUGGCUGAUUUUCUGGCUGAGGUGUUGGUGCUCAAUUACGGCACCCACACCAUCACCUCUGUGGAUGCUGGAGCCAGCUUGGUGCAGGAGGAUCAGAUCAAGGCAACCUUCCUGAAGGACAGCGGGGCCACACGGAGUGCUGUCACCGCCUUGGCCGGCAUGGCCUUCCACAGCAUCAUCAGUGUGAAAAGUGAGAUGUCCCUGGAUGUCAGUACUGACUUCACCAAGCAGUACCUGGAGAACCGCACCAGCUCCAGAGUAGAGAGCAUUGGGGGGACCCCCUUUUACCCAGGCAUCACCCUCAAGACCUGGCAGGAGGGGAUCAGAAACCAGCUGGUGGCUCUCGACCGCUCAGGGCUGCCCCUGUACUUCUUCAUCAACCCCAGCACCCUGCCAGAGCUGCCCACCCCCACAGUGAAGAAGCUGGCUAGGCAAGUGGAGAUGGCUGUACGGCGCUACUACACCUUCAACACCUACCCUGGCUGCACUGACGUCUCUUCACCCAACUUCAACUUCCAUGCUAAUGCUGAUGAUGGAUCUUGUGAGGGUGUCAUGACCAACUUCACCUUCGGGGGAGUCUUCCAGGAAUGUGCUGGGCUGGCCGGCCCUGACACCAGCAUACUGUGUCAGGGGCUAGAGCAGAGGAACCCCCUCACUGGGGCUUUCUCCUGCCCCACCACCUACACACCAGUGCUGCUGGGCAUGCAGGAGCGGGAGGAAGGCCACAGCCACCUGGAGUGCCACAACAAGUGCAUCCUGGGCAUCUUCUGCCACCGUGAGUGCCGAGACGUCUUCUGGCUCUCCCGGGUGCAAUUCAGCGCCUACUGGUGUGCUUCAAGUGGGCUGGUGGCCCCAGGCUCAGGAUAUCUCUUUGGUGGGCUGUUUAGCACCCACAGCGCCAACUACAUCACCGCUGCCCAGUCUUGCCCCUCAGGGUACUUCCCACUGAAGCUCUUUGAUGAGCUCAGGGUGUGUGUGAGCCAGGAUUAUGAGAAAGGUGGACAAUUUGCAGUGCCCUUUGGGGGCUUCUUCAGCUGCCAGGCAGGGAACCCCUUGGCAGGACAGCACCAGGGCACCGCCGAGGACCCCCAUGCCAAGAGCUGCCCUCCAGGCUUCAGCCAGCACUUGGCACUCCUAAGUGACAGCUGCCAGGUAGAGUACUGCAUCCAGGCUGGCAUCUUCACAGGAGGCUCACUGCCACCUGCUCGCCUGCCACCCUUCACCCGGCCCCCCACCAACUUGCCGGCCAUUGCCACCGUGCUGGUGAGCAGCGGGGACGGGGACAGCACGUGGGUCAGGGAUGGGCAGAGCCACACAUGGCGGCUGGCCCAGCCAGAAGAGAUCCAGCACACAGCAGAGACGGUGAGGGGCCAGGGGCUGACGGGGGGUGGGGUGGCUGGUGUCACCACAGCAGUCCUGGCAGGGCUGGCCACCAUCCUGGCAACUGUCUGCUACAGCUACCGGAGGUACAAGGCGAGGGGGUACUGCGCGAUGGGCGAAGGGGACAGCCUGGCCGCCACAAGCCCUGAGGACAGCACCGUGCUGAGCAUGGGCGAGGGGUACCAGCAAGAGUCGGGGGGGCUGAUGGGAUGA